AUGAAUGAAGAAAUAAUUAAACAUGAUGAUAAUUCUACAUCAAAUUUUUUAACACGUACAACUAUACGAGAAGCAAAUCAUCAUUUACAAAUGUUACAUAAACAUAAUCAAGAAUUAGAACAAUUAGUUAAUAAACAAAAAGAAGAAUUAAAACAAAAAGAUUUAAUUUAUAUGGAUUUAUUUAAAGCAAAUCAAUUAUUAGAAAAACAUUGUCAACAAUUACAAAUAAUACUUGAUGAUCGAACUCGACGUUUACAAAUUUAUGAAAGAAAAGAUAGAUUAUUUCGAGAAACACUUGAAUUAAAACCAGCUAUUGAAUCAUUAUUAGAUGUAUUAAAUACAUUCGAAAAAGAAGAUACUAUUUUAUCAUCAAUUUCAAUUCAAACUCUACCAACAUUAAAUCAAAAGAAAAAUAUGAAUAUUGUCCAUAAGACAGAUGCUGUUUAA